AUGGCGCAAACUGCAUCAGGGUCUAUGCAGUCUCCGAAUCAGAAUUUCUCUCGGCACCGACGGCGGGGGACAGCACCCAGUCCGAGGAGAUCGCCCAGCCCGAAUCGGCAGAGGACACCACCCAGAGGACAACACCACCCAGCCCGGAAUCGGCAGACUCCUCACCUAGAAGGACGCCACCCAGCCCGAAUCGGCAGAGGUUCACCCAGAGGACAACACCACCCAGCCCGAAUCGGCAGAGGCUCACCUAGAAGACGCCACCCAGCCCGAAUCGGCAGAGGUUCACCCAGAGGACAACACCACCCAGCCCGAAUCGGCAGAGGUUCACCUAGAGGACACCACCCAGCCCGAAUCGGCAGAGGUUCACGCAGAGGACACCACCCAGCCCGAGGAGAUCGUCCGGCCAAAAGCAGUGGAGGUUCACCCAGACGAUAUCGCGGAGGCACUGAAAGAGUUCGAGGAAGCAAUAGCAGAGGAGGAGCAGCGCAACAGACCCGCGACCUCGCCCUGGACGCAGACAGGACCCUUGCCACCCUCGUCGAGCAAGCGUUCGGUGUGAAGGUGAGCGUCUCUUCGCCCAAGGAGGAGGCGGCCCAGCUCAAGGUCGAGGGGCGCUGCUGCAUCGCGGAGGAGCUUGCGCUGUAUUUUCAAGGGCGGGUCCGCGAGCCGCGUUCUCUGUCGGAGGCAGCGCAGACGGGUCCCAGUGCCUGUGCUCCUGCCGUGAUUU